AUGGAUUCACAAUAGAUUGAUUGUCCCCUCUCAGAAUUGAUGACAAAUGAUGAAAUAAGAGAAUGGGCUUUUUCUUUGGAUCCUUAACCUGAAAAGAAAAGCAAAUUAAAUUCAUCUAUUCCUUAAAUAAGCAGUUCUGCUACUAUCAAUAGGGCUUGUUAAAAAUAAAAAGAAUAAAAGAUUAAAUAAAUCCCUCGAAUCAUUUAACCAUAACCAAUUCAAAUAGAAAAUCAAAAAUAAAAAAAAGAGAUUAUUCAUCGUUUAAAACUUCAAAAUAGAUUAAUGAAAGAUAUGAUUUAAUAACAAAAAGACUUGUUAGAAUAAAUGAAGAAGUUUUGA